AAACGAGAUCCUCUGACGUUGGAGAUUUUGACGUCAGAGGGCAGUCGGGCAGUUUUGAGCCGUUCGAUCACAAAUGGGCGGACAAGAUCUGAUGCUACAGUGCACCUCUAACGUUGCUCCACCAACGUCAGAGGAACCGGUUCCCUCCCACCCCCUGGCCGUCAUCCCCCUGUUGCUGGACGCCUCCCCUUGCUGUUGCUGGACGCGAGGAAGGAGGAGGAUGAGAAGGGAGGGAAGAGAGGAGAAGGAGAGAAGAAGAAGCGUGGUUUUUGCCCUAGGGUUUGAAGGAUCCAAGAUAUUCUACAUGGUAAAGCCCUGUCCGAACGAGAUGAAAUGUGAUGCUGAGUUGAGUUCAUAUGUAAUUAGGGAUGCUGAAGAGUACAAGAAUUUCUGCGACCAUCCAAAGGUUCAGAGGCCACAGCCAAAAGAAGUAAUUGCGCAGGCUGGUCGGGAAGAAGCAUGGGCAAAGGGUCAUCAGUCGAGGGUCAACAGGCGCGGCAAAGGUGCGCCCUUUUUCUAG